GCUGCUCAUCAGUUCGAUUUCAACAAGUAAACAGCAAAGAUGUUCUCCCAUAAGUGCGGAUCACUAUUGCUCCUCGUAGCCUGCUGCUCAGUGACCCUGGGCGCCUCCUAUCGUCAACCACAUCCCGAGGCAUUCCUGGCGAAUCCGGAGGAGCUGCUCGAAGUGCUGCCCUUGGUUCGCCGGGCUCGAUCGCCCGAGGGAGGAUCCGUAGUUGUGACCGCCAGCAAGGACAACCAAGUGGGUCGGGAGGCCAGUGUGCAGUACAACCACAAUCUGUACAGCAGUGGCGAUGGGCGUGGCAGCAUCGACGCCUACGCCCAGGCCAGCCGCAAUUUCGACUUCAAUCGCAACGACUACGGUGGCGGCAUUCGGGGCACCUGGCGUUUCUGAGCGGGAGCAGCAGUAUUAAAUUGGUUACAGCUUGAGUCACGUGAAUAAAUAAAUGUGUUUACCCAAG